GCCACGAAAUACCAGACUUCUCUGUCCCGAUUCAUACAUACAUACACCAUCUCCAACAUUGUCAACGAAGUCUGUUUUGAGGCUCGUCUACCGUCAAGAUGAGGAUCGAGACGUGCUAUUUCUGCAGUAGACCUGCCUACCCAGGCAAGGGAAUUAUGUUCUGCCGCAACGACGCCAAGCAAUUCCGCUUCUGCCGGAGCAAGUGCCACAAGAACUUCGUGAUGAAGCGCAACCCGCGGAAGCUGCGGUGGACCAAGGCGUUCCGGCGGGCGGCGGGCAAGGAGAUGACGGUGGACUCGACGCUGCAGUUCGCGGCGCGGCGCAACGUGCCCGUCCGCUACGACCGCGAGCUCGUGCAGAAGACGCUGCGCGCCAUGGACCGCGUCGCCGAGAUCCGCGCCAAGCGCGAGCGCGUCUUCGCCAAGCGCCGCCGCGCCGGCAAGCGCGCCCAGGACCUCGCCGCCGACCGCAAGCUCGUCCAGGACCACGCCCACCUGCUCCCCCGGCUGCGCGGCAGCGAGAAGAGGAGGCUCGCCGAGGAGCAGGGCCUGCAGCCCGAGGAGAUCGAGGAGCUGGAGAGGAACGCGGCAGUCGCGGAGAAGAAGAGCGCCAAGGUGUUCGGCAAGGAGAAGGUGCGGCAGCGGGUCCGCGUGGAUGGGGGCGUCGAGGCUAUGGGACAGGACGAGGACGAGGACGAGGGUGGUAUGGAUGUGGAUUCCGAGUAAGCGAGUCGACUGUGACGGUUACGGUUACGGUAAUAACGAUGAUAAUUCGCAAUUCACGUUCUUCUCGCUCCUACGAAAAGGGGGAAGUCAUACAUACCUACAGUUCCGGGGCGAGGGAAGAAGAACGGUAAAGGUACUACGAGAGGAAGGUCGCGCGAAUGAGGAUGCCCCAAAAAGAAGAAGAGAAAAAGAGAUCACGGACAGUGGUGGCGUUCAUGCGUAUGGGAGGGUUGUUGUUUCGUUUCUUCUGCAUGCCAUGGCGUUUGGGGGAUUCUAGGAUUUUGAUUCCUUUCCUUUCCACAAAAUGAAUGAAACACACACAUACUUUUGGCCUGCCCGGUUCCUGUGAGGAGAUGGGUUCGUGUCUGACUCGUUUACUGCCGAUACUAUAAAUCAUAAUGGAGCAUGAUCCCCUUUUCUU